GGGCUGGAUGCCGAGAUGGACCCGCAGCAGUACCUGGUGCUCCUGAACCAGCUGCACCUCAGCCAGUCUCACCUGCUGGCCGUCAUCGAGCGCAUCAUGGAGGAGUGCAUCCCCACGCAGCGGCACAGCCGCGACUACCUCGUCAAGUUCCCCGAGGAGCUCUUGGUGGACAACCUGGGCAACCACAUGCUCUUUGCGGCUGAGUGUCUCCUGGCGGGCACCUUCAUGGAGCUGGAGGAGCCGGACGGCGUCCAGCUGCGGCCCCAGGCCAGGAAGCUGCUGUGCAGCCUGGAGCUGGUGCGCACGGUGCUGCGGGAGCAGAGCCUCAGCCAGCCCAGCAGCUACUCGGAGGCCGUGCGGGCCGUGCUGGUGCAGUUUGACCGCCUCUUUGCCGAGUUCGAGCUGAGCUACGUGUCCUCCUUGGUGGCGGUGAAGUCCCCCGAAGAGAUCUACCGGCAGCAGGAGAUCAUCGUGCUCUUCUGCGAGACUGUGGAGAGGGCCCUGCGCCUGGGCUACCUGACGCAGGAGAUGAUCGAUGGCUACGAGCCCCUGCUGAUGUUCACCAUCCCUCGCCUGGCCAUCAUCAGUGGGCUCCUCAUCUACCCCGAGGGGCCUCUCAGCCUGGAGCAGAGCCCGGAGCAGAUGUCCCGGGUCUUCAGCCCCUUCUACAACCUCCUGAAGAAAAUCAGGGACCUGCUGCGGGUGCUGUCCGUGGACGAGCUGGCCCUGCUGGAGAGGAGCCUGUGCACGGCCGAGCUGCAGGACCCCUGCACUCCAGCUGCAGCCCCAGCAUGGGGGGCACCGGCCACGAAGCCCCCGUCUGCCCGGCGGGGCCGGGAGACCUGGGCACGGACAGGCACGUGCGGCAUGCGCGGGGCCGCGGCGGCGGGCGCUGGGUACCAGGACAUCCGCAGCGCCAGCACGAGUGGCCGGGCCCGCUGCCCGGCUCGGUGUCCAACCAUYGCCUCCUCCCCAAGCAGCAGCCCGCGGCCACAGCCCGGCGCCCUGCAAGGCGCCCGCUGCUCRGAGCUGCGCUCCCGCUACGGCAGCACCAGGGACAUGCUGCACACCCUCUUCGUGUGCAUCUCAGGGGUGGCCGACCAGCUCCAGACCAACUUCGCCAGCGACCUGCGGAGCAUCUUGAAAACUGUCUUCAAAAUCGUCGCCUCGCAGCCGGAGCCGGAGGAGGAGCCGGGCAGCAGCCAGGAGGAGGGCGGUGAGGCGCGCACCACCGCCACAUCCCGCCUGGCCGAGUGCCCCCUCUGCUCCAGCACCACCGAGACGGCCGGGCUCUGCCGYGCAGGCGUCCGCAGGCUGCCCGAGUGGGUGCCAGACAGCAGCUGCAGCCAGUGCUCCGCGUGCCGCGCGCCCUUCACGCUGCUGCGCCGCCGGCACCACUGCCGCAGCUGCGGCAAGAUCUUCUGCGCCCGCUGCUCGCCGCACACGGCCGCCCUGCCGCACUUCGGGCAGCCGCGGCCCGUGCGCGUCUGCACCCACUGCUACGCCGUGCACCGCUGA